AUGCAAUCCGAGCACCGCAAAAUCGAGCUCCAAGCCCCCGGAGACCUGAUCCACCUCACCUCGCAAAUCCGCGCCGCGGCCCGUUCAAAACUGGACCUGCACCUGCCCGCCCAGCCCUCAGACGCCCACUCUCCGGACGACCUGCGCGCAGCGACCGAAACGCUCGUCGACGCCUUCGUGGCGCAGGUCCUCGCGGGUCUGAAGUCCAACAUCACAAUCAAUGGCAUCGACGUCGUGAGCGCGGCGGGCGGGGGCGGGUUCGGCAUCGACGGACACGACGGACACGAUGGACACGAUGGACACGCUGGCCACGCCGACGCAAUGGACGGCGUACAGCAGAGCGCCGCCGUGCCAGGGGUGGAAGAAGUCGAGUUCGAGCCCUUCGACGACAAGCUGCGGGCCAGGCUAGCCGAGCACGUGGCGCGGCGUGACAGGCUCGUGGCGGACAUCUCGCGGCACAGACGCGAGACGGCUGCGGCGAGUGCGAGGCGGUUCGAAGAGGUGUUUGAGAGCGAGGCACGCUUGUGGGACGCCCAGAGCCGAGUCGCCGAGGACAAGGCUGGUGGUGUGGCGCUUGAGCUGCUUGAGGGGGGGAGGGCGGUGGGGAUAGCGAGGGAGGACGAGGUGAGGAGGAAUUGGGAGAGGGCGGUGGAGGGGCUGGGCAGGUUGAACAAGGGCUUGCCGGAGACGAGGGCGAGGUUGGAGAGGUGUGGAGACGUUGUUGGCUAUCUGGCUGCGGAUAAGAAGUGA